CCUGAGUUAUUUUCAGUAUCAUAUUGAAGCUUGAGUGUAUUUCAAUUAUUUCCCUUUUAUUUAUAUCGAUAUUUUGUAAUAACAAACAUGUAAAGUUAAGAAGAGUGUGGAAUAUACUUUUGUUAGAAAAUGUUGACCACUAAAGACGUUAGUAUUAUACCGUGGAUAUUGAUAUUGUUAUGUCCAUACACAGUUGAACUUAGCAGUCAAAGUCAGAAUAUAGUGGAGGAAUUUAACAUCGUAAAACAAUGGAACAAAGGCGAUAAACUGUAUCCUCCAAACUGGGAAGCUUUAGACAAAAGGCCUCUACCAGUUUGGUAUGACAGUGCUAAAAUAGGAAUAUUUGUUGUCUGGGGAGUCUACUCUGUUCCUAGUGUGUAUGACGAAUGGUUUUGGUGUUUCUGGAAGAGAGAUAAGAUCCCAAAAUAUGUAGAGUUCAUGAAGAAAAACUACAGACCCGGUUUCACGUACCCAGACUUUGCUCCCAUGUUAACAGCUGAGUUUUUAGAUACGGAUGAAUGGGCAUCACUAUUUAAAUCAUCCGGUGCAGAGUAUGUGGUAUUUACGACUAAACAUCAUGAAGGUUUUACAAUGUGGCCUUCUAACCACUCUUUUAAUUGGAAUUCUAUGGCAGUCGGUCCAAAAAGGGAUAUCGUAGGAGAACUUGUUACAUCACUACGUAAAAAAGACCUCAGAGUUGGACUUUACCAUUCUUUGUUUGAAUGGUUUAAUCCACUGUUUCUUCAAGAUAAAGCAAAUAAUUUUACGACGCAAGAAUUUGUGACAACUAAAACUAUGCCUGAACUUUAUGAGUUAGUUAAUAAUUACAAACCUGAUUUAAUAUGGUCUGAUGGAAGCCCAGCACCGUCCUCAUAUUGGAAUUCUACAGAAUUUAUUGCUUGGUUGUAUAACUACAGUCCAGUUAGAGAUGAAAUUGUUACUAACGACAGAUGGGGCACUGAUACUAUGUGCAAACAUGGAGGAUUUCUGACUUGUUCAGAUAGGUUUAAUCCAGGAAAACUUCAGAAUAAAAAGUGGGAGAAUGCCAUGACCAUUGAUAAAGUAUCCUGGGGAUUUCGAAGGAAUGCAAAGUUAGACGAAUUCCUCACUAUAGAAGAACUUAUUGCGUCCAUUGUUUCAACCAUAAGUUGUGGUGGCAAUAUCUUAAUUAAUGUAGCUCCAUCAUACGAUGGUACUAUACAGCCUUUGUUCCAAGAAAGAUUGAAACAGAUGGGUAGUUGGCUGCAGGUCAAUUCUGAGGCUAUAUACGGAUCCCACCCAUGGACACAUCAAAAUGAUACCUUCACUCCUCGAGUUUGGUAUACUGAACAGCGAAUAAAGACCAACAAAGCCGUUUAUGCUAUAUCUUUAAAUUGGCCAGACAAAUAUUUAUAUCUCCAGUCUCCAAUUCCAGUCCAAGACCAGACAUUUGUAUAUUUCCUCGGAACAGAAGGUCAACUUGAGUGGACAUCUCCGCCACAAGGAGGAAUCAAUAUAACUCUUCCGUAUAUACCGUAUAACAAAAUGCCAUGUCAUUGGGCAUGGGUCUUUAGAUUAGAAGGUUUGCAAAACGCUUGAUAGUGUACUUUUGUUUGAAUAAUAAUGUAUGUGUGUUUGAAUGUUCGACCAACUGUUUCAUACUUAACUAAUAGAUGAAAAGACUGUUUUAUAUUGUAUGUUUCGCUAACGAAUAUAUGUUUAACAUGUCAUCUAUUGCUUUUCAUAUUAAAGAAGAAUUUUUCCAGUAA